ACUUUGUAAAUUAUUUCGCGCUUGAAAUGACUGUAAUUACUGAGAACAUGGCGCGUGGAAGAAUGGAGAGGACUACAGUGAUCGACCUACUACAGCGUGUGUGUGUGUGUGUGUGUGUGUGUGUGUGUGUGUGUGUGUGUGUGUGUGUGUGUGCGUGUGUGUGCGUGUGUGUGUCAGUGAUCUCGUGCUGUCCUGCUCAAACAUCGCGAUAGAGUCCUGCUGGAGUUGAAGUUUGUGCGGUUUCUGGUGUGUGUCAGAGAGGAGGAGGAUGAUGAAGAUGCUGCUGCUGCUGCUGGGCUGCUGUGGUCUGGUGCUCUCUGACCAGAACCAGUCGGCUCCUCGCGACCAGAGAGUUUUUCCAGUCCUGUCCAUUAAUUAUGAUUAUGUUCAGAUGCCCUUCGAGGUCUCGCUGUGGAUUCUGCUCGCGUCUCUCAUGAAGCUGGGCUUCCACCUGAUCCCGCGUCUGUCGACUGUGGUCCCAGAGAGCUGUCUUCUGAUCGUGGUAGGACUGCUGGUGGGUGGUUUGAUCCGAGUGAUGGGUAAGAGGCCACCGGUGCUGGACUCUCAGCUCUUCUUCCUGUGUCUGCUGCCACCCAUCAUCCUGGACGCCGGCUACUUCCUGCCCCUGCGGCCCUUCACAGAGAACGCCGGCUCCAUCCUGACCUUCGCUGUGCUGGGGACUCUGUGGAACACCUUCUUCACCGGCGCUCUGCUCUACAUCUGCCGCCCGGCCGCUCUCGACCUGCUGCCCUGCCUGCUGUUCGGCUCCAUCGUGUCGGCAGUGGACCCGGUGGCCGUUCUGGCCGUCUUCGAGGAGAUCCACAUUAACGAGCUGCUGCACAUCUUGGUGUUCGGAGAGUCCCUUCUUAAUGAUGCCGUGACUGUGGUCCUGUAUCACCUGUUUGAGGAGUUUGCUCACACCGGCGAGGUGACGGCGGGCGACGUGUUUCUGGGCGUGGUGUGUUUUUUUGUGGUGGCUCUGGGUGGAGUUCUGGUGGGUGGUGUGUACGGAGUGCUGGCGGCUUUCACGUCACGCUUUACGGCACACACACGUGUGAUCGAGCCCCUGUUCGUCUUCCUCUACAGCUACAUGGCUUACCUGUCAGCCGAGGUCUUCCACCUGUCCGGCAUCAUGGCGCUCAUCGCGUGUGGUGUGGUUAUGCGGCCCUAUGUGGAGGCCAACAUUUCCCACAAAUCCUACACCACCAUCAAGUACUUCCUGAAGAUGUGGAGCAGUGUGAGCGAGACACUGAUCUUCAUCUUUCUGGGUGUGUCUACAGUGGCCGGGCCACACGCCUGGAACUGGACCUUUGUAACUAUCACCAUCCUCCUGUGUCUGCUGUCCAGGGUUCUAGGUGUGGUCGGCUUGACAUUCAUCAUUAAUAAGUACCGUAUGGUAAAGCUGAGCGGUAAGGAUCAGUUUAUUGUGGCAUACGGGGGAUUGAGGGGCGCGAUCGCCUUCUCAUUAGCGUUUCUGCUGUCCAACGAUGACUUUCCCAUGAAGGACAUGUUCCUGACGGCCAUCAUCACCGUCAUCUUCUUCACUGUGUUUGUGCAGGGAAUGACGAUUCGGCCACUCGUUGACCUUCUGGCUGUAAAGAAGAGAAAGGAAAGCAAAUGCUCAAUAAAUGAGGAGAUUCACACUCAGUUUCUAGAGCAUCUUCUGGCUGGAAUCGAGGGUGUGUGUGGACACUACGGUCAUCAUCACUGGAGAGACAAGCUGAACCGCUUUAAUAAGCGAUACAUCAAGCGCUGUCUGAUCGGUGGUGAACGAUCGCAGGAGCCACAGCUCGUCUCCUUCUACAACAAGAUGGAGCUCAAACAGGCCAUGAUGCUGCUGGAGAGUAACAGCUCAAGCAACCUGAGCACAGUGACUGCAGCAGCACCACGGCAGCGCAGCCGAAAAACACUCAACAUCUCUAAAGAACGAGAAGAAGAAAUCAGAAAGAUUCUGCGAGCAAACCUGCAGAAGACACGACAAAGAUUGCGCUCAUACAGCCGUCACACACUGAUGCCCGACGCCGAGGACGACUGGAGCGAGACACGUCUUAAGAAGCAGCGCGAGGAGAUGGAGAGACGGAUGAGCCACUUUCUGACGGUUCCUGCUCCUCCGGUGAGAAAGCUGGAGUCAGGAGAGCGUCUCAGAUCCGGCUCCUUCUUCUUCUCUGAGCGUGUCAGUGCUGGAGAUGAGAGCAUCAGACGUAAGCCCAGCGUGGUCAAGUUCUCUCUGGAGGAGAAGAAGCCUCAUCGAGGUCCAGAGCAUCUUCUGGAGGAGGACGAGGAGCUUAUCCAUCACAGACCCUGAACAUGUCUGUGUGUGAGAGACUCCUGAGCGUUAUGUAUUGUAGAUGAAGAAGCUCAAUUGUAGGAGAGUUUUUAUUGAGACAAUCAGAAGAGCAUCCAAAGUCUUGUGCUGUCAUUUAUUUACACUACUGUUCACCAGUUGGGGGCAGAGUUUUUAUAUUUAUACUGAAAUAAAAUUAAUUUCUUCAUAAAUGAUACAUUAAAUUCGACAUGUGAGCACUGUUACAGUAGAUUUCUAUUUCAAAUAAAUGCCGUUCUGUUGAACUUUCUAUUCAUCUGUGAAUCCUGACAAAUAAAAGUUUUCAGUUUUCAGUAAA